UUAUUUUGACAGAUAUAUGGCUGAUCAUCCACAUUCUUCAGGGGAUGAGGCUCCCCCACCCAGAUCCACUAGAGGACCCACUAGGAUGAAACAACUAUUAAUCAGGAAAAAUAGUGGUGAAAGAACUCCGGUGAAUGUGAAUGUCACCACGGGUGUGGCAACUGGCCCCCAUGCAGAUGACUUCCGAUCAUACCUUGGAGUAGUGGCACGUAAUAAGAUUAGCAUUCUCAUUCCAUCUUUUGAUCAUGUGUCCGAGGGUGAUCGGAACAUUAUUUGGCAAGAUAUAUUGAUGACAUUUGACAUUCCAAAUGUCCCAACACUUAGAAAUAAGUGUUUGUCAACUGUUGCAGAAAAUUUCAGAAACUUUAAAAGCAAGUUGACAUCAAGGUACAUCUUUGGACACCUUAAACAUAAAACUCCAUGUAAUGCAUAUAAGUCCAUUGAUGAGGAGACUUGGCGGGUUUUUAAAGAGAGUCGGAUGUCAGAGGAAUGGCAGGCAAUUAGAAGCAAAGCACAAGGAACAAGUGCUAAGAACAAAAACCCCCACCUAUUAUCUCGUGGUGGGUAUAGGAAGCUUGAGGAGAAAAUCCUCAAGCAAAAGGCAGAUGCUAUACCACCAUCUCAGAGUGGUAGCCCUCCUCAGCCUCCUUCUCCACCGUCUAGACAUGAGAAAUGGAAGUUGGCCCGUAUGCGACCAUCGGGCACCUACUCUUCCGACACUGCACGAGAGAUUUCUGAAAAAAUUGACGCCUUGGUUGAGCAGAGCUCCCAAGGCCAAUUCACUCCAGAGGGUCGCCAGGAUAUUCUUGCUGCUGCAAUUGGACGACCUGAGCACCCUGGACGUGUACGUGCUGCAGGUCCUGGAGUAGGCAUUACGGAUUAUUUUGGGAGCUCUUCUCGUCAGCCUUCAUAUUCGUACAGCGAUACACAAAGGAUGACAGAAGAGAUCACAAAAAAGGUCCGACAUGACCUUAUGCAGGAGAUCAGGGCCGAGGUGAGGGCUGAAUUCCAGAUGCUCUACCAGGAGCAGUUUCAGAGCAUGCGCCCGAUGCAGUCUCCUAUAGAGGAACAUGUGGUCCCUCCCCCUCCCACAGGGAGAAGCGGCAAAGGAAGUUGUUCCGCAUCAGCCAUCCCAGAGGAUGACAUGGACGAUGGUAGUCCAUGUCUGCUAUACAUUUUAGAAGAAGAUGAGAUGGUGCUGGUAGCUCGUGGAACAGAGUUUAGGUCAGCGACUGUAUGUCAUGGUAUUGGAUGA